AUGCAGAUCCUCACUAUCAUCCUCGCGGCAGCGUCCACGGUGACCGCACACUAUACUCUGCCUUCGAUCCAGAAUACCGCCGCUUGGACAGCCGUCCGCCAGGCGAAGAACUGGCAGGAUAACGGCUUCGUCGGUGAUGUCAAGAGCAACGACAUUCGCUGCAACCAGCUUUAUGCCGGAAAUCAAACCGUUAGUGUUGCUGCUGGAAGCCCAGUCAGCGUCAGCAUUAACCCGAACAUCUACCACCCGGGUCCAUUCCAGUCCUACCUGGCCAAGGUUCCCACGGGCCAAGACAUCAAUACUUGGGAUCCCACCACCGCUGUGUGGUUCAGGAUCUACGCAGAACAGCCUACGUUCGGCAGCCAGCUGACGUGGCCAUCCAAUGGCAAGUCCACCAUCUCCGUGACCAUUCCGAAGUGCAUUCCUGCUGGGAACUACUUGAUGCGCAACGAGCACAUCGCGCUGCACGUAGCGCAAAGCGAGGGCGCUGCUCAAUUCUACCUUUCUUGCGGACAGAUUGCUGUCACUGGCGGAGGAAGCACCCAACCAUCGAACCUCGCUGCUUUCCCCGGGGCCUACAGUGCCACAGACCCCGGCAUUUUGAUCAACAUCAACUACCCUGUCCCGACAUCUUACGUCAACCCAGGACCGGCCACUUUCACCUGUUGA